UUACCGAGCAGCCAAUCCGGUGGUAGGCUCACCUCCCCUUCUACCCAGAGUCACUGCUGCGGCCGUCGCCAUUUUAGCGUUUUGUCAGAAGCGUCUGCGCCGCGAGGAAGAGCCCCUGCUGGUUUCCGUGCGGGCUGUGUCGAGAUGGUGAAGCUGUUUAUUGGUAACCUGCCCCGGGAGGCCACAGAGCAGGAGAUCCGCUCACUCUUCGAGCAGUAUGGGAAGGUGCUGGAAUGUGACAUCAUUAAGAACUACGGCUUUGUGCACAUAGAGGACAAGACGGCGGCCGAGGAUGCCAUACGCAACCUGCACCACUACAAGCUGCAUGGGGUGAACAUCAAUGUGGAAGCCAGCAAGAAUAAGAGCAAAACCUCCACCAAGUUGCAUGUGGGCAACAUCAGUCCCACCUGUACCAACAAAGAGCUUCGGGCCAAGUUUGAGGAGUAUGGUCCAGUCAUCGAAUGUGACAUCGUGAAAGAUUAUGCCUUCGUGCACAUGGAGCGGGCAGAGGAUGCAGUGGAGGCCAUCAGGGGCCUUGACAACACAGAGUUUCAAGGCAAACGAAUGCACGUGCAGUUGUCCACCAGCCGGCUUAGGACUGCGCCCGGGAUGGGAGACCAGAGCGGCUGCUAUCGGUGCGGGAAAGAGGGGCACUGGUCCAAAGAGUGUCCGAUAGAUCGUUCUGGCCGAGUGGCAGACUUUACCGAGCAAUAUAAUGAGCAAUAUGGAGCAGUGCGUACACCUUACACCAUGAGCUAUGGGGAUUCAUUGUAUUACAACAACGCGUACGGAGCGCUCGAUGCCUACUACAAGCGCUGCCGUGCUGCCCGGUCCUAUGAGGCAGUGGCAGCUGCAGCUGCCUCUGCCUAUAAUUACGCAGAGCAGACCCUGUCCCAGCUGCCACAAGUCCAGAACACAGCCAUGGCCAGUCACCUCACCUCCACCUCUCUCGAUCCCUACGAUAGACACCUGUUGCCGACCUCAGGAGCUGCUGCUGCUACAGCUGCUGCUGCUGCAGCAGCCGCUGCUGCUGUUACUGCAGCUUCCACUUCAUAUUACGGGCGGGAUCGGAGCCCCCUGCGUCGCGCUACAGCCCCAGUCCCCACUGUUGGAGAGGGCUACGGUUACGGGCAUGAGAGUGAGUUGUCCCAAGCUUCGGCGGCCGCGCGGAAUUCCUUGUACGACAUGGCCCGGUAUGAGCGGGAGCAGUAUGCGGAUCGGGCGCGGUAUUCAGCUUUUUAAAGCUUGAGUGACAAUUUGGGACAUGGAAUUGCCUUUUCUGAGGAAUGCUGAUGUUAACAUCAAGAGAAAUGAAUUAUCUUUGCCUACACUCAUCAAAGAAUAUUUGCUGUUUAAUUUAGAGAAGGACCUCAGUCUGGGAUUGCUUGACCUUCCCAGUUUCUCUCUGGCCUUUAAGCUCAUUUACUUUUAGAGAUUAUUGUGAUACUGGGGAUGGGUACAAGUAAACUUAAAAGGAGUGUCAAGUUCAAGAGUUUGUAAAGAUGUUCUUUGAAGUUAUAAGUAGGAAGCCCUUUUGAGCUUUGCUGUAAAGCCCCUGUAUUGUGCUCUCUUGCAGGUGGGAUGUGUGUGGGCUGAAAUUCCGAGCUGCGGUUGUGCAUGAGAAUACACCCUUCGUGGUACCCCAUCUCCGGGACGUUCUCGGCUCUGUACGUUCAGUCCCUCAGGAACCGUGGACCUUAAUUUACCUUGCUAAAUUCAGACCACCUCUUCCUUUCCUCUUUCCUGCCCAUUUUCCUGUUCUUCCUGUUCUUCAAUACUUCUGUAGUUUCCCAUUUAUGUUCUGUUCUCCCAGCAGGCCUCAUUGCGUGCAGAAACUGUGGUGGGGGGUGUGCUGUCUCCCUGCCUCCUGCUUCCGGUGGGUGUUGGACUUGGGAAUGACCUUGGUGAGAGUGUCACUGCUCCUGAGUCUUUUUGGCCCAAAGGCUUGUGGCGGGUAGACACAUAGAGUUGGAUCACUUUUUUUUUCCAGUGAAAUAAAUGGUUUUUCAACUUA